AUGGGCUCUCCGGCUUUCAGGCGAUUUCCAGAUCCAUUUUCCAAUCCAGCUCCAACCCCAGCGAGCUUCGACUACAUCAAUGAGGGCCAGGAUCUGGCAGAAAGUAGCAAAGGCAGUCGCCUGCUGAAUCUCCCCGUCGAGAUCCUAUCAAAAGUCAUUGAAAACUUUGAUCCUAUCGCCGAUCAGGAGAGCCUUGCAUGCCUUGCCCUGGUUAACCGAGACUGUGGUCAGCUGGCUCGGUCUUGCCAGUUCCGCUCCGUAAAGCUCGACUUCAGCAGCCGCGCGACCUCCCUCGCCGGUGUUCUAUUCCGAGAAGCUGUAGAGAGGUCGAGACACCACGGUCGUACGCGGCUCCCCUCGCUUGGCGCAUGCGUCCGCCAUGUCAGGGCCAGCAAUAUGUAUUUCUGGAGGCAGGUGGAUGCUUUAAAAGCUGGCCCCUUCAGCAGAGACGGCAACCAUGAAGACGACCGCGAGCCCAUGACGGACCUGCAGUUCCAGUAG